CUUGCAGCAGGCAACGUGUAACGGUGGAGUAAAUUCCACUAACGGAGAAACUGUUUGGAUUCACCGAAACUGAGCAAAAACAAACGACAGGAGGAUGAACAGUUCAGCUGUGUAUCCCGCUCCCACCGCUCCUCCAGCCGACAUGUUCGGCAGUGUUCCUGGCUAUGAAGGCACUGUGGCAGGAGGAGGAGGUUAUCUGCCCCCUCCUAUGCCUUUGGAGCCUGUAGCCCCACCUCAGCCCGGACCUGCACCUGAUGACUGGAGCAUCCCCUCUCUGUCAGAGGAUGUGGCUCGAGAUGCGUUCAAGAGCUUUGCUUCGUCCAACUGCUGCUGGAGCAAAGCUCCCGCUGACGAUGGAGUCAUCACAGGCAUGGAGCCAUUUAAUACCUACAGGUAUCGGCUCGAGACGUUCACCGAGUCCAGGUCACCUGAGUGGGCCCACAAACCUUAUGAAGGUGAGCCGGCUGACUUCUACACCCAGACUGCCCCCCGACCCUGGGAAGUCCAGGCCACGCCCCCCAGCCUCUUCACCAGUCACACAGAGAAUAUCCGUGUACCAUACACUUCCUCCAUCAAGGAUUGCCACACCUGCCACGCCUCAGGGACCAUGCCAUGUGUAGAGUGCCGUGGAGAUGGAUAUAAAGCCUGCUGGGUGUGUAACGGCUCUGGGUCAAAGAUGGAUGGAAACUGCGCUCACUGUAACGGUACUGGCAAAGACAGUUGUACAGAAUGUGAUUCACGGGGAACGAAGGAGUGUGAAACCUGUAAAGGAAAACGACAACUGCUGACCUACAUCAACCUCAAAGUGGAAUGGACUAAUAAUGUGGAGGAUCAUGUGGUGCACCAGAACUCUGGUAUGAACGCUGAUGAUCUACGUUCAGUGACCGGGAAGGAGCUGUUCAAGAACAACCAGUACCUGCUCUACCCUCUGCUUGGAUUUCCAAAUCCAGACAUGGCAGCAGCCUCUGAGCGUCUGAUCAAAGAUCACCAGAGCAAAUACGCCCAGACCUCCAGGAUCCUGCAGCAGAGGCAGACGGUCGAGUUGAUCCCAAUCACUAAGGUGAACUACAAAUGGAAAGGUGACACUCACCUCUACUACGUCUACGGCAACGAGAACCGCAUCAGUGCUGAUAAUUACCCCGCAACCUGCUGCUGUGUUAUCCAGUAGUCACACAAACACAGUUACACUCAUUAUUGUUAACUGUUCUGAUACCAUCCCCGCUCUCCUGGGUAGAUUAUUUCCAGUUAAUCCUCAUAUCUUGGAUGUUUCAACCCUAAUGACACAGUAUUGAAACCAGUGCCUCAGAUCUGAUCAUCAUUUUAGAGCUGCUGCUGUUCAUUGCUAAAAAAACAAGACAUGCUUUGUUCAGAAAUACACACAUGAUGGAUGCAUAAAGGUGAAGGUUUUAGGUGAUAUUUAAUUUUGGAUACAUGCAGUUUAAAGAAAAGAGGAUAACUAAGGCAGACUCUUAUUAAACAAUUAAAAUGCCUUUAUUCUACUGACAUGGUCUUGUAGACCUUAAAAUGAGCUGUGAUGCAUUUCAUCCUUAUCGGGAUAUAAAAAUAGAUUUUUAAGAGUUUUUCUUACUGUCCAUGUUAUUUGUUUUAUUUUUUAAUGUAGUAGAGACAAUGCACAGACACCUACCGUUUAAUAGCUGGCUUAAUAGAUACCGUAAAAACCAGGUUAUAGGUUGCACCAGUAUGCAAGGCCUCUUGCAGAGAGUAAAACCAUUUCAACCAUCCUCCUGCAUGACAGUCUGUAUCCCAUUCAGCAAAUUAGCUGUUUCUGUGCAGCUCUUUGAGUACCAUCCAUGUUUACCAUCAAGGUUCUGCACUUCUGCUAGCUUUAAUAUGGUAGUUUUUCUAUGUGCAAACAUGAUUAACACGGCAUGAGAUAGUACUACUGUUUUGAAUAAGUCACAAUUUCAGACAGAAGAAGUGUUCACUGUGUGCAAAAGCCUUUUAGUCUACAGCCAGUGUAAAAUAGUGACACUGAGGGGGGAAACUGUCAUCUGAAGCAUUAGGUCAUGCAGCAGUGAUGUAGAACUGGAUGGAUGAAAAGAUCUUCACCUGUAGAAACUAAAAACAGUCAAAACAAAGUAGUUUUACUCUUCUGGGAGAUUAAAUCAACACUAAACCGCAAAAACUCUCUACUCCUCUUCAUCUAAUGAGUUAUCUCACCUUUCAAAGCUAUGGCUAUGAUAAUUAGAUUUUACAGAGGACUUUACACCUAGUAAGAGCUUGUAUCUGAGCUGGUGCAACACCUGAAAUAUCAGGAAUGCAUAAACUCCGUCCUCAGUAAGAAAUACGGCCAGACUAGGCUAGCAGAGGCAGUAAAGUUAUCUAUCUUUUGGUUUUAAGACCUCAGCUUUAUCAACAGAAAAUUUAACAUUUAUUGACUAAACAAAUGAACUGAUAGUGUUACUUUGGGAAAGACCUCUGCUGCUGUAUCCAUCUCUGUACUAAACCUGUGCAAUAUUGACCACUAACCAAAGAUCUUACAAAACACUUUAAACAGUUGACAAACAACCUGGGCCAGCAUGUGCCAAACAACAUCCUCAAGUGUUCACGGAAACCUCAAAUGUUCAGUAUAUCUGUGUUUGCAGAAUAUCACCUGGUUCAUACCUGUGUUCUUUUACCUGUGGUUUAAUGUUUUAUAGAAAUGAAAAUUCACUUCAUUGUUUACAACUCAGAAACCAAAGCUUAUAGGUUUACUUCUUUCAACAGAUUUGUUCAAACUUAAAUGUAUUAAAACUGCAUUAAUCUGCUUUUCUUCACUAUAUACUGGAGCUUGGAGGUGGACCAAGCUAAUGUUACUGGUAAACUUAGGGUUAAUAUGCUAGCACUCGUUAGCUUUGUUUAUGUCCAUCUACAAUCUAUUUACAGUUUAGAGAACAUAGAGGCCUUCCAACCUCAUUAACCAUUAGUUAGCAGUCUUAUUAACUCAGUCAUUAUCAAAACAUUAUGUGUACAUAGUUUAUGCAAUGGUACUGCUGGUGCUUGUGGUAUUAUUCCUGCUUAGUGAAUAUCUUCGAGCUGUGUUUCUAUCAUGGAGCAAUUCAAACAAAGCAAACUAACCUAAUGGGAAGCUGACACUAGUAACAUUAUAUCACCUUAUUCAUUUUCUGAUUGAUUUAUGUUUAUGUGCAGUAAAUUAGGGGCAGCAUGGUAGUAAAAUCCAUUAGGCCCACUGAAUCCGUUUUCAUCUGUUUGAAAAUACUGAUGUGACUGUGGCUGUGAGAUGCUCCAUCUGUUUGUGUAACAGUUUAGUAAAUAUCCUGCCUUCCAUCCAGUGAGAAUAAAAUUAUAACCACUGUAGCCUUAAUAUUCAGCUUAGACAUAGAGUAUACCUAACAGUUUCUAUUUCAUAGCCAAACAAGCCUUUCUCAAUAAUCUACCUGAUGUUUGUCACAAAGCAAAGGCAAACUUACCUCACAAAUACCUUCAAACAGCGUUCCUCAAUAUUUAAAACCUUUGUUAACAUCACAUGCUGUCUUCAUGGUACUUGUUUCCCUGCAAAACUCAAAUCUUAUCGAGGGCAUUUCUGUCCAACUUUCAGUCAGAAUAUCUUGUUACACCUAAGAAAAUCAAUAUAUAUUUGACAGACAUCUGAUUUCAAGGUAAAAAGCAAAAAUAGGCCUGAAUUUCCUUCAGUAAGUAUAAUUAUCUGCCAGUGCAGAAAACCAGUUUGAUUUAAGUGCUGCAGAUUUUUAUGUACUUCAUAAAUAAAGGCAUUGACAUCUUAUUUUAAGACACAAAACAAGCAAAAUUUCUUCUUCCUGCUGGAUUGUCAGGUAUUUUUACAUGCCAAGGGGGGAGAUUAGCCAGAUUAUCCAGGCAUGGGCAACUUUAAUUACCUGGAGGACCACAUAAAUGUUGUUCUCAACGCCAAAGGGCCAAAUUGUUACAAACUUGUGGAUUUUCUGAAUUUAACUACCAUGAUUACUGAUAAUUGCAUGAAAGAAAAAUAUAGUUUUCAUGCUGAGUUUUAAACCAACAUUUCUAUUUUUAAGCUCAAGUGCAAAAUAGAGAUGAUUAAUUUAUAAGACACAUAAAUUUAACUACCUUCAAAGCAUUGGACAUGCUAGUUACAGGAUAUUUUUUAUCCAUUUUACUUGUAAUUCCUAUUUUUAAGAUAUAUUUAGUGAUGCAUAUAAAAGAGUUAUCCUGAAGCAAUUACAGCGAUUAUAUCCACUCCUUUCUUGCAAAGAACUAAACAUAUCAAAGAUUAUAAGAGAAAUGUUAUUUGUCAUACUUUCAAGGAAAAUUUGUCGUCUUUUCUCAAUGUUUAUGAUGAAAUGGUGUUUGAAAUUGGGCCGCAUUGAGCCCACCCCUGUGCUAAACAGUAAAGGUCAGAUCCCUCUGUAGUCAGCAUUACCAGUCUGUUAUACUAAAUAUUUUUUAUGAUUUCAGGCCCACAAUCCCAGUCAAACCUUCUUUCUUGACCGGGGGUUAUUUUUGUGCCCCAAGGUUAGUUUUGCAGCCCUUUCCUCUCUCAUUGUUGUCUGCAACAGUCAGUUUUAAAUGUCAGAUAAUUGUAAACAUGCGGAAAAAUCAACAACUCUGAAAGGCAGAGCAACAGCAUUCACAAAUGCAAAAUAAAAUACAUAAAUAUAUCUAUCAUAGUCUCUUAGUAAGAAAUCAGCAGAUACAAUUUGGCUGUUAUUGUCUCUGUAAAACUGCUAAGAAGCAUUAUUGAAUUCAUUUGAGGAAAAAAUAGGAAAAAUAAGUAAAAGAUGCACAAAUAAGUGGUAACUCCUCAGUUUAAUGCAUUAAAAAGGUGUUCUCUGAUCGGCUUCAGUUCAUUGGGGAGCUUUUGGCUUCAAAAUAUCUAUGUUGGUUUUACAAAUUAUAUAAGCCACAUGUUUGAUCCUCUCAUUAGUCAGUAGCCUUGUUAAAACGGACUGAACUACCAGUGUCCUACCAUUUUUAGCAAAAAGAAUCAAGAGAAUAGAAUCCCUGUAGCCCUCUUGGCAGCCUAAGUUGCCCAACCCUGAUCUAAACUGUAAUGCAGCUACCCACCACUAGUAGCUGCUGUGGUCGGCUAAGCCAUUAGGCUCUAAUGCUCUUUGACCCAUUGUGAACAAAUGUGUACUGAUAGCACUGAUAGCACCUUGUGCAAAUAGCCCAGUGUGGCGCUAUUUUGGUGUAGAUGUGAUAAAGUUGUAUGUAUUGUGUCAGGAUAGAUCGGUGUGACGACAGUCAGCACAGACGUGUGGAUGUUAACUUGUAAAGAGGCUCUCAGGCAGGAAGUUCUAGCUAUACUGAUGUUAGCCACAUUCAAUCAUUUACCAUCUGCUACUGUGACCUCUCUUUAAAAACAUGUGCUCAACUUGAUUGUUUUCUGAAUAUUUUCUUGACUGUAGUCUAGCCAGCUACUCAAUUAUAAUUUGUGUUUUAGAUGGGAAAUUCACCUAGAAAUAUUGCUUGUUAAAAGCAACUCAGACCUUAUUUUUCAACAUUUUUAACCUUAAAAUGAGAUGUUUAUCUGGACUUUCAGGUGAGCGUGGCUUAAAUAAUUGUGAUAAAAUAAUUUUGACCAGAAACCAGCCAAACACACUUGAUAAGAUUUGAUUUUUGCAACACAUUGAAUGCAUUGGCAUACUUUAUUUUAAUGGGAAAAACACAUGUCAGUUGUGUUUGAUGAAUUUUCAGUUAACUCUCAUGUCAAAGUGUGAUUUAAUGGCUGGAUGCUGUUUCAGCUGAGGUCAACAGUUCAUUUCAGGACAAAACUUUACAGCCUGUCCCUUUAAAGUCCUUGCUGCAGUUCAACAGCUGUCCUCUAGAUGGUGCUGUGUAAUAAAGUGUUGAACAGACUCUAACUGCCUCUGUGUUAGGUACUACCAGCCUUUUUUGUGACUCACAGGAUAAAGCCACUUCAUGUUUAAACUUCUGCUGCUUCACAUUUAACCAGACAUGCUUUCACUUUACCUUCAUGAUUUUUAAUACUUUGUUUAACCUACUAUAAAUGCUGUAUUUCCUGCUGCUUGCAAUGCCAUAUUCUGCAUUUCAUAUCCAUGUUUUUAACUGUUUGUACUCCAGUUUGGUCAUUUUUUGUUCUCCAUUAUCAGGGUUAAAAUUCUCUGCUUCUUUCCUAAAAAACACUAAACAAAAGUAAACAAGACAAAAACUGCUGACGUUUAUUGUCUCUAACAAAUGUGAUGCUGCUAAAAUUUGAUGCACCUUUGAUUGAGUGGAAUGGCUUUUUAUCUGAAACGUAAAAAUUAUCGGACUAACCAGCAGCUCCGCUACUAACCUGAUGGACUAAACCAGUGGUUCUCAACUGCAGGAUCCACCACCACCUCUUUAAUGAAAAUUCAUGACCCAAAUAUGUAAAACAUUUAAACCACUCAGAUGUAUUUAAUGAAAAGUGUUUGGACAUUUUUUUAGAAAGCAAUUUAGUACAGAAGCUAGGGAAGGAUAUGCAUGCAUUUAUUUUACUAUGCCUUCCAUGGUAAUGUGUACGUUUUGGUUGUUUUGUAGAGAUUUCAAGGAAUUGACACAUUAUUAUUGAAAGAGCAACUUUGUUAUUUCAGGAUAACUAGAUAAAUAAGUUGACAUCUUGACAUAAACAACAGAAAUGUAAUCUUUAUCACAGCAAGAUGGCAUAAAAUACAAUAUCUGGCUGUAUUUCCAUAUAGGGCUUCUGUACUUUAGUUCAGGUCCCGAUUCACCAGUUGAGAACCACUGGACUAAAUGAUGUAAUUAACUGUAACUCUGUGGGUCAAAAUGUUGUUACAGUGUUUUAUGAAUAUGUCACUGUUAAACUGAAAAUAAACUCUA